GACUUACCCAUCUAAACUAAACCGGCUAAUCAAUUUCGAAAACCGGAACAUUGGAAUCACCCAAUUUUAAGUCGGUUUGGUUCGAUUUUGUUUUCUUUCACCCCUGACGAAGGAAAAAAAACCCUAGACUCACUCAGAUAACAUAAACCUUUGACAACGAAGUUUGAUGCUCCUUCGUCUUACGGCUCGCUCUAUUCGUCGUUACACAACUUCUUCGUCUCUAUCAUUUCUCUCAUCGUCUUCGUCUCUAUCAUUUCUCUCAUCGUCUUCGUCUGCGUCUUCGUUUUGUACUGUUCCAUCAAUGGCAGCACCAAAGGAUGAAGCGUAUCUCUCCGCCGUCAUCCCCAAACGUAUCAGACUCUUCGAGCAGAUCCAAGCGAAUCAACUCGAGAAUCUUAAGUCUCUUCCACACGAUCCGAUCAAGAUUACGUUACCAGAUGGGAAUGUGAAAGAGGGAAAGAAAUGGGAAACAACUCCAAUGGAUAUCGCUGCUCAGAUUUCAAAGGGUUUGGCAAAUUCUGCGUUGAUUUCGGCUGUUGAUGAUGUUCUUUGGGAUAUGAGUAGGCCAUUGGAAGGUGAUUGUAAGCUUGAGCUUUUCAAAUUUGAUAGUGAUAAAGGUCGAGAUACUCUUUGGCAUUCUAGUGCGCACAUUCUUGGUCAGGCUCUUGAGCAGGAGUAUGGGUGUCAGCUGUGUAUAGGACCGUGCACAACGAGAGGAGAGGGUUUCUACUAUGAUGGAUUUUAUGGUGAAUUGGGCCUUAGCGAGAAUCACUUUCCUAACAUCGAAGCAGGUGCUGCAAAAGCUGCUAAGGAAGCACAACCGUUUGAAAGGAUUGAAGUGACGAAGGAUCAGGCACUCGAGAUGUUUUCUGAGAAUAAUUUUAAGGUUGAAAUCAUCAAUGAUUUGCCUGCAGACAAGACCAUUACUGUCUACAGAUGUGGCCCUUUGGUGGAUUUGUGUCGUGGACCGCACAUACCAAACACUUCCUUUGUGAAAGCGUUCAAAUGUUUGAGGGCCUCAUCAGCUUACUGGAGGGGUAACAAAGAACGUGAGAGCUUACAAAGAGUUUAUGGGAUAUCAUAUCCUGACCAGAAGCAGCUGAAGAAAUAUCUCCAAUUUCUAGAAGAAGCCAAAAAGUAUGACCACAGACUAUUGGGCCAAAAGCAGGAACUCUUCUUUAGUCAUCAACUCAGCCCUGGGAGUUUUUUCUUCCUUCCACUCGGCACUCGUGUAUAUAACAGGUUGAUGGACUUCAUUAAGAAGCAAUACUGGCAAAGGGGUUACACAGAGGUCAUUACACCAAAUAUGUACAACAUGGACCUGUGGAAAACAUCCGGACAUGCUGAUAAUUACAAGGAGAAUAUGUUUACGUUUAAUAUUGAAAAGCAAGAGUUCGGGCUCAAACCAAUGAAUUGUCCUGGGCACUGCUUGAUAUUCCAGCAUAGGGUUCGCUCUUAUAGAGAGUUACCUAUGAGACUGGCUGACUUUGGAGUGCUACACCGCAAUGAGGCAAGUGGAGCACUUAGUGGGUUGACUCGCGUCCGACGGUUCCAGCAGGAUGAUGCACACAUCUUCUGUACAACGGAACAGGUUAAGGAAGAAGUGCAGGGUGUGUUGGAGUUCAUUGACUAUGUGUACAAAGUUUUUGGGUUUACCUAUGAGCUAAAACUUUCAACGAGGCCAGAGAAGUACCUUGGAGAAUUGGAAACAUGGGAUAAAGCUGAAGCGGAUCUCAAAGAAGCUAUAGAAGCUUUUGGAAAGCCGUUAGUGUUGAACGAAGGAGAUGGUGCAUUUUAUGGCCCAAAGAUAGACAUCACAGUUUCUGAUGCAAUGAAUAGGAAAUUCCAGUGUGCUACUUUACAGCUUGAUUUUCAACUUCCGAUUCGCUUCAACUUGGAAUACGCAGCUGAGGAUGAAGCGAAGAAGGGUAAACCUGUAAUGAUACAUAGAGCCGUGUUGGGAUCUGUGGAACGUAUGUUUGCCAUAUUGUUGGAGCAUUACAAAGGAAAAUGGCCCUUCUGGCUUAGUCCGCGCCAGGCCAUAGUUUGUCCUAUAUCAGAGAAAUCUCAGAAAUAUGCAGAAAAGGUGCAAAAGGAAAUUCAUGAUGCUGGGUUCUAUAUCGAUGCGGACUUAACAGACAGAAAGAUAGAUAAAAAGGUGCGAGAAGCUCAGCUUGCGCAGUACAACUACAUUCUGGUCGUGGGUGAAACUGAGGCUGCUACAGGACAGGUGAGUGUUCGUUUGAGAGACAGUGCAGCCCACUCGGUGAAAAGCAUUGAGGAUUUGCUGGAAGAAUUCAAGGCCAAGAUUGCCGAAUUUGUAUGAGAUCCGACUCCUGAAAUUCAACUUCUGAUUUGAUGUGUUUUCUUUCUUUUGCAAAUUAGAGUCGGCCCAGAUUGUUUAUCUCUUUCAUUAAACCAUAUUAAAGUUUCGAUUACAUU